AUGAGGAAGCUCAUGGUCAGAGCAAUAGAAUGUUCCUCGAACAUUCUGAAGCCUGCCACGGGUAUCAACACUAUUGCCAUAAUUCCAGGUGGGGACAAGGCAUCCAGAACUCACUCAGGAGGCAACCCUGUAUGUCCUCGAGAGACGCCCAAAUGGCAGAAACCAAUCACUAAUUUCUUUUUGGGCAAUCAGACAAGCACUUCAAAUGGCAGUGAUGAUGUCACAGCUGGUACUUCAAAAACAAAACCCAAGCGUAACAUAAUUGAAUCAGAUGAUGAGAUAGAAGAAAUCAAUAAAGGUGAAGUGCAUAUUGAUUCGCCUCCUAAAAAUCGUGAGUUAGAUGAAUCACUAGUACUAGAACCACUUACAGGAGAGAAUAGUCACAGGAUAGAAGAAUAUUAUACUCCGAAAACCAGCAAGGGAAAGGGCCAAGGGAUAAGAGGUGGUAAUAAAGAGAAUAUCAAUAGAAGAGGCUCAAAGAGAGAAUUGGAAGUAAGUUUAGAUGAAAACUCUCAUGCUAAUAAGAAAAAGAAAGUAAAAUGAAAUAGACAGAUGAACUGAAUGUAAUUUUUCAAUUUUUAUACUUAAUACUUAUUUAGUGUGUUUUUGAUGUCUCAAUUUAACAGCAAUUUGGCUGCGAUAUUUUACUAUUAAUUUUUAGAGGGAAUUGAAGAGUUUUCAGUUUAUGUUAUGUAACUAUAUUUCAACAUUAUGAGAGCUUAUACCCCUUAAUUAGUAUUUUUGCUAGACGGCUGGCCACUUCUGUACAUUCCAGGAUUACAUGAGUGAUCACUUUAUCUUCAAAUAGACAUCUACUAGAAUUAGGGCUGUCUGUUAUGCCGAUUGUGAAAAGGGUUUUUGUUUGAAGUUGGUGUCCCGUUAAGGUGCAGAACAAAACUUGAAUUUUGUGUUUUGUUAAGGCGAUGGUACUUCUCUCUACAGUUUUUGAUAUUUGUGAGGGUCGUUAUUAAAUGAGAUUAACUAUUGAAAUUGUACGAUAACUACAUUAUUAACCCACCUUUUCUUCUAAUUUCAUAAUAAUAUUUGAGUUGUUUAACAAAUUGAUACAGAAAUUACUGCUCUCGUUCUAAUAAUUUAAGUGUUAUAGUUGAUCAAAUAGACCCCUUUACAUGCCAGAUAUAUUGAGCACUUCGCACUACACCUGGGGAUGUCCACUCCCAACCGAUGGCCAAUUGAAAUUUGAAACUGGCGUUCCUGCUGUGCUGUGCAUUAUUUAUACAGCACUUAAUGUAACAUGUAUAAUGUCAAUGUCAAAACUAACAGUGACAAUGAUUGUUAACACAUAUUUAAUACAGACUAGAUGUCAAGACUCUACUACUACACUAUCCUCUAUCUUAAUAUUAAGUACAAAAAAAUUACAUGGGCAAAUGCAGCCACAUAUUGAAUUAAAAUAUUGCUCGUUUAGAAGCUAGUUUCAAACAUGUAUGUUAUUAUUAAGUUUUUGUUAUGUAAUACCAUUUUCGUUUCUCUGUGUUUCUGUGAGACUUAUUUUUAAGACAAUAAAUGUUUAUUCAAGUUUGUA